UGUUGUAACAGCUGUGGCAAAGUUCCAUCUCUAAAGAAUGUAUUUCACACAAUUCGCUUUAUAAUAAUAAUUCUGGGCAAAAUGAGCACGUUCAGGCAGUUGUUUAAACUUUCUGCUGGUUUGGCACAGCGCUCGCUACGAGUUGCAACAAGAAUACAACCAAAUGAAGCACUCACGCACAGGCAGUUGCAAGUACAACUUCCCAGCACGAGACUGGCAUCCACAACAACAGCUGUUCCUGUUUGGACCGGCACCAAUAGAUGCACGUGCACUGGCACGCGAUUCCACAGCAGCAGCAAGCCAGUCGGUAUCUUUCAGAAAGAUGGAGACAACACGGCCACCAACAGCAUACCCCUGGGCGAGCUGCAAACGAAAAUGCAACUCAUUUACACCUGCAAGAUCUGCCAGACGCGCAACAUGAAGACCAUUUCCAAGGUGGCCUAUCAGCGCGGCGUCGUUAUCGUGACGUGCGAGGGCUGUGCCAAUCAUCACCUGAUAGCCGAUAAUCUGAAUUGGUUCACGGAUCUAAACGGCAAGCGCAACAUCGAGGAGAUUCUGGCCGAAAAGGGCGAGAAGGUGAUCAAAAUGGUCGACGGCAACUGCGAAUUUCUGCCCGAACCAAAUAAACCAAAGCCGAAUCCUUAACUAUAAA